AGACUCUCUCUCUCUCUUCCGGCAGAUCAAUAAACCUGUAAGAAAAAAAGAACGUCCUUUUCCCCUAAUCUCCGAAUCCCAGAUUCCUAUAGAUUUUAGGAGGGGGCAUAUGAUUGUUUGAUCUUGGAUUUGAUUUGGGAAGAGAGAAGACAGUGGUUCGGUGUAAAAUGAGGGUGCUUGGUUUGAGCUCAAGCUUAUGCUCUACUGAGGAGAAGGAGGCUGAAGAGAUGGUUGGAGACUCCUCAGGUCUCACACCUGUGUAUCUCAAUGUCUAUGAUCUAACACCUGUCAAUAAUUAUCUCUAUUGGUUUGGUCUUGGCAUUUUUCACUCUGGAAUUGAAGCUCAUGGUUUUGAAUAUGGAUAUGGUGCUCACGAGUACUCAAGCAGUGGUGUGUUUGAGGUUGAACCUAGGAACUGUCCAGGUUUUAUCUUUAGGCGGUCUGUUUUGUUGGGAACCACCAGCAUGUCUCCUACAGAUUUCCGCUCAUUCAUGGAGAAGCUUUCAAGGAAGUAUCAUGGGGACACAUACCAUUUGAUUGCCAAAAACUGUAACCAUUUCACCGAAGAAGUGUGCCUGCAGGUAACUGGAAAGCCUAUUCCCGGGUGGAUUAACCGGAUGGCUCGUGUAGGUUCGUUCUGUAACUGUAUACUUCCAGAAAGCAUACAGCUCUCAACUGUUGGACAACCAGAAGCACUUGAAUUCUCUGAUGAUGAUGAUGGUUCAGAAGAAUCAGCUGCAUCUUCUCUCUCAGAGGAAACAGAUGGAGAAGGACAAGAUCAUCAUCUGAUAACAGCACCAAACAGCGACAUUGCGUAUCUUCAAGACAGACCAGUGCGACUUGCUCGAGAGCUGCUCCAAGAACCAACCGAUGGGUCUCCUAUGUUGAGGCGGUCUUGAGCUUUCCAUAGGGUUCACCAAGAACUUAAUAUCGUUUGUCUGAAAAAUUCCAUCUUUGAGUAUAUUCUUUGGGGACUAGAAAUGUAAAAAAGAUUUGAAAUUUAAGUGAGAACCCAUCUUAAGAUAUUGAUGGUAGUGAGUUUAGAGAUUAUGAUGUGAACUUGUUGACAAUAUUGUGUACUCGUUUCUCCUGAAGGCAAACUCUUUAUCUUUCUCUUGGGUUCACAUUGCUGAUUUGUGUCUAG